UUUCUUCUGCUCUCUGCAACCCAUUUCUCCAUAGACAUUCUCUUCAGCAAAUCCCCACUUCCACAACCUUGGGGGUGGAAUCCAUCCAUCUCUCAUCCAUCUAUCAAUGGAGAUCGCUGCCUAAAUUUCUGUUCUCGAAAAAUUCGUUUUCUUCUGGCUUCAACUGCAAUCGCUCUUCCUUUCUCGUUCUCCACUUCUAUGGUGGAUUCGACUCCAUUACCAUGUGCUUAAAUCCUUAAAUUGGAACAUACUCUUUCAUAUAGGGUUUUGAAUUCUUGAAUCUUUGUACAUUCAUUGAUCGUGGGUGGGUUCUUAUUCUUGACAAUUUUGAAUUUCGAGGGCAGUAGAUGAACUGGCGGGGAAGGGAUGAAUUCUUGUUUCUCAAUCGUUGACCGUUGACAGUCAAAUCUAUAUUCUGAAGAGGGGAUUACGAAAAUGAUGAGCAUAAUCAGCAAGUCUCGUCUGGAUCCAAUUGUCUCUGCAAUCGUUACCGUGCACCCUCAUGAGAUCUCCGCUCUGCUCCACUCUGCAUUCUGCUUCUUCUUCAUUUUGAGUGCCUAUUUUGUGGUGCUUCCGUUGCGCGAUGAGGGUGCGAUUUCUCUGGGCUUAAUGAAUCUGCCGAGCCUUUUUGUGGGGUCUUUGGUACUCACUCUGAUUGCUGCACCUGUUUCCUCUCACAUUUUCUCUUUGCCUAAUCUUUCCAAAGGCAAGGCUUUGGUUUUGAUACACAGGUUUUUUAGUGCAUCACUCGUUGUAUUUUUCAUUCUAUGGCAAUCUUCAUCCACUGGGUUCUCGAAGGGCUUUUUUACCAUGUUCUCUACCGCAAAAGAGGACCAAAAGGACUACAGUGAUGAAUCAAGUUCUGUUACCUCUAGAAGGGUUGGAUCAGUCCUGAACUUAAUUGGUGAAAGUAAUACUUUGCUUCUUUUGAAGGUUGCUUUACUUAAUCUAAUAACAAUUUCAUCAACUUGGGCUAGAAUUAUUGAUGUCAUGGAUAGUGAGUCAGGUUCAAGAUUAUUUGGGUUCAUAGGUGCUGGAGCCACACUCGGACAGCUUUUCGGUUCCCUAUUUGCCACAGCAAUGGCUUGGUUGGGGCCCUAUUUGCUCCUCUUUGCUGCUUUGCUUAUGGAAUUCGCUGCACGAUUGUCUGAAGGGAUAAAUCCGGAUAUGCCUCGCCUUGGUGAAGAAUUAUCUCUCAUCAGGGAUGCAGAUCACAGUCAGGAGAAAGACGAUGAAGGUACAUCAACUUUAAAAGGUCAUUCUCCCAAAUCAACUUCUAAUCCUCACCCUUGGGCUAUUUUCGACGGAAUGAUGCUCAUUUUGUCAUCCUCAUACUUGACGGGUGUAGCAUUGUUCCUAUGGUUGAGUGCAGUAAUCUCAUCCUUCUUCUACUUGCAGAAAGUGAGUAUAAUUGCCAUCACAGUCACUAGCUCUCUUGGCCGAAGAAAAUUGUUUGCUCUGAUAAAUAGCUUUAUUGCUGUUUUUAUCCUCGCUGGACAGCUUACUGUGACGGGUCACAUUCUUACAAUAGCUGGUGUCACCAUAGCUAUCUGUGCUGCACCAUCAGUUGCUUUCUUAAAUUUGGUUGCAAUUGCUGUUUGGCCAACAUGGGUAGCCAUUGCUGUUUGUGAGACCUUGCGCAAGGUUACUACUUAUGUUGUAACCAGGCCCGGAAGAGAACUCCUGUUUACCGUUGUCUCGCAAGAUGAGAAGUACAAAGCCAAGAUAUGUAUUGAUGUGUUUGUCCAAAGACUAGGGGAUGCUACGGCAGCAGGAAUGUACAAAUUACUCCUCAGCACUCUUCAUGGGAAAACUUCUACUAUUUCGCUCUAUGCUCUACCGAUAUGUUUGCUGUGGAUUGUCACUGCAUUCUAUUUAGGCCGUCGCCAAUCUCACCUCGCACAGCUCCAAAUGCUCUCCAUGUCGUAAUAUUUAUCUAGAUAACUAUACUGAUCUAUAAUAGUUGCAGACAUAGGCUCGACAGAUUGUCACAACGACAUUUUGAAGGAUCUUACCGUUGUUGCCAGUACCAUCAUAGAUGGUAACCAUUUGUCGAUACGAUACAUUCAUAUACGCAAUUGUGGGAUGUCAAUGGCUUCAACUUUAAACGUCGCUCGCACUGUAGGUAAUAAGCGACAUCGAAGGUAUUAUAAGCAAUGACUUGAAGAAUUGUUGGAGGUAAUUAUCUUUCAGUUAAGGCGUCUAGUUCAUCUCCCUCCAUGUAAUAGCUGCAUUGACUUAAUUUUUUUUAUCAAAUAUAAGUUUUCUUUGUUAAGCUUUAGAUGUUUUGUAAGAUUUAUUAAUGAAGCAAUCCAUUACAUAGAAAUAUAGGCCAUUGUAUAACACUGGCCUGACCAUCUCACUUUCUCUGUUCACCUGAUCAUCUCCCUGUUAAAUUACACUUACAAAUAUAGUUAAUUUAAACUAGGUUUAAGUUC